GGCUUAGCGACGGGUCGUAUUUUGGAUUUCGUGCAAUGGCGGCGCACACGGCUUGGAACCACUGAUGAUUUUCUUCAUCCUUUGUUCCUUCGCUGUCUUUAGCAUAGAUCCUGGAGUAUACGGUUUCCUAGCUGUAAAGUUAAGUAUCUCCUAGAUCUUCACACUCAACCUGUGUAAGCAUGUCACUGACACUGAGAAUCAUGAAGUAUGGAACUGCUUUGGCUGGUGCUUAUAACCACAGCCGUGUCUUGUACUCAACCACAUCCCCUUCAUCGUGGACAAAAGUGGUGUCUGAGGCGGAGAAGAUCGUUGGAUACCCAACCUCCUUUAUGAGUCUUCGUUGCCUGCUCAGUGAUGAGUUAAGCAACAUUGCUCUUCAUGUCAGAAAAUUGGUCGGGACGAAGCAUCCUUUAAUAUCUACAGCCAGGGGGUUUGUGUAUGACAACAAGAACAGCUUACAGCUGCGAGGUCUGGUUGUCUUGUUGAUGUCAAAAGCAGCAGGACCGAGUGAAACAGCAGUGUCCCGACUGGAAGGAGACCUAGUUAGUGGAAUUUACCCCAGUCAGCGAAAUCUGGCAGAAAUUACGGAACUGAUCCAUACAGCUUUUCUUGUGCAUCGCGGGAUAGUAAAUACGAUGGAGCUGAUGUCAUCACAUGGGUCAUUAAAGGAUAUGCAGUUUGGCAACAAGAUGGCUGUUCUGAGUGGAGACUUCCUUUUGGCCAAUGCUUCUGCAGGUCUAGCUCAACUGCAAAACACAAAGGUUGUGGAACUUGUAUCAAGUGCAAUCGGAGACUUAGUUCAAGGUGUAUAUUACGAAAAUUCUGGAAUUGAUGAGGAGAUUCUAACUGAAGACAUACCGAUAAGUAACUGGGAAAAACAAGCUUUUCUAUCCCAUGGAGCUUUGCUGGCAAAGUGUUGUCAAGGAGCAAUGCAGCUCGCCAAACAUGACACUGAAAUUCAAGAGAUGGCAUUUCAGUAUGGCAAGCACAUGUCUUUAGCCCGCAAGAUCAAUUUGGACCUUCAGCCAUUUAUCGAGGAAACCUUCUGUGACACUGUGUCUUUUAGCCUGAACUCUGCUCCUGUAAUAUUACAUCAGGAGAUUUCAGGUCGGGACACGUGGAUUAAUCAACUCAAGCAGACCAAAGUAAAUGGAAAACAGCCUGAUUAUGCCAAGUUACGUCAAAUAAUCAAGGCUGGAAAAGGUGUGAGUUCAUCUUUUGAAUUAUGCCAUUACCAUGGAAACCAAGCAUUGGAAGCCCUAAGAUGCUUUCCUACUUCAGAAGCAAGAUCAACUUUGGAAAACAUAAUUUAUGCUGUAACCAAAUUCUAAAUGGUGAACUGCAGUGGAAAGUCAAACUAUCGUAAACCCAUGCAGAUAAGAUGUCAGUGGAACCUGCUACUUAAUUGUUCUUUGAAAAAUAAAUUGUGAUUUUAGUUAGUUCUGACUGAAAUUGUGCACUGUGAUGGAUAAAGAUAUACUCUUUUAAUCACAGUGUAAUGAAGCAAGUUAACGUGGCAUUUUCCUCAUCCUCAACUCACUCUGCAAAAAAAAUUGCAGAAAUUUACAGAAAGGUCAAACAGCUUUCCCUUGUCAUGCCAGAAGCAUAGUAGAGGCAGCAAGGGCAGAAAUAAUUAAUGAGUUUUGCUGCUGUGACCUCAGCAAAUGGACAGGAAAUAAGGCCGUAUUGAUUGGACACAACCAUGAAUGGCGCCACUGUGGUGGCCUGUGGUUUUUUUCCCUACACUUGGAGGACGGGGGUAAUGAGACUGCAGGUGUUGCAAGAAACACUUCAUAACCUGCCUGAUAGACCUGCCAUGUCAGAGUAUAGUCUAAUUUAUCACCCAUAGGGCAAUUUUUAGUGUAAAGAUUUCAUCCAAGAUUGUGCAAAAAUAUUGCUGUUUAAAUUCCUGUUUGUGACUUGUGAGAAAUUAUGUUAGUUUGAUUUAAAAGCAUCACAGAAAACCUGUGCAGAAUAUUAUGUUCUGCACACAUAUAAUCAAGAUUUGAUUAUUUUUAUUUUUUUGCCAGACUUUAUUACGGCUAACGAUCUUUCGGGGUUUUCCUAUUUCUUGGGAAGAUCCAAUUUGAUACCACAGAUACUACACUUAAAGCUGCAACAGUAAACCAAUAAUCUGUUUAAAAUUAGUAAAUACAUCAUUUGUUCAAGUUUAUGUCUGAUUUAUAUCCCUUAAAGUUGCCUUUUGCUGUUGAUGGCUCUAACCAAAGGUAGAAGGAUGGUUUUAUAAUAAAAUGCUUAAAAUAAAA